AUGGGCAGGUCAACGAGGGCGCGGAAAUACCAGGAAAAUCGCUCGGCGAAGCCCUCAACCCCUCAGCGGACAUCACCUCGGUCCAAGACCAACCGCAAUGGCAAAUCGUCUUCCACCGCCCCGGCGCUGGCCGCGCAAUUAGUGACCCCGUCGAGCCCCUCCUCGUCCGAGUCACAUACCGAAGUCGCGCAGGAGAUUGUCGUCUGGACUGAGGGUAUGACCAUCUCGAGUGCGAGCCACGAUGAGGAGCCAAAUGAGAGCCCGCUGUCGAAAGCGGACUUAGAUUUGCGUGAGGCACCAGAUCCUACGGUUCAAUCCGAAGUCGUCAGCGAGACGAUCGAAUCUUCCUUGUCUGUUUUUACCGAUGCCUCUGAAUUGUCCUCGCUUCUUUCGACAAUCUCAAGCGGGGUGACGACGCCAAUCGAGGUUGAUGCGCCGACACAUGUCUUGCUCGGGGCUCCUACUGCCCGACGUGCCCGGAAAUCUCCCUCCAUAUCUACCUUCUCCUCACUCACCUCCAUCGCCGAUGGCAAUGACUCGGCGAUUGGGUCCCCAACAGUCAUUUCCGCCCAGACUCUGCCGUCUCUAGUGGCAUCUACGACCGUGGACGUGGACUCUUUAUCGCCGCCUCUAAACCCCCUCAGCCGAAUCGCACAAAUCCCCGGAUGCCUCCCCGCCGCCCCCGAAACCCCGGCGUUAUGCGAUAACGUAGCAAAACUCGCGCCACCAGCAUCGGAUACCACACGUAGGCCAUUUUACGCCUCUCCAAACAUUUCUGAUGUUCAGGGACCUGAGCGUAUCGUGUUCAACGUGCGGCCGAAAUCAUCGAUCCCCUCAGACCUCAGUCCCGCAGAGUAUGCUAGCCAGUGCAUCGAAGGUGCGGAAAAUUCUCGACUCAACCCGUUUAUCCUCCAUGCCGGAGAGUAUGAGAUUUUGAGAAACCACUUGUCUUAUGUCCAGGUGACGACAUAUCUAAACAUAAGAAAUGGCAUCCUUCGGCUCUGGAUCCGGAACCCCGCGUGGCUGUAA